GUUGAUUUCUAUCUCUUGAUCCUUGGAGAAUAUUCCGUUGAUCAGGCUUUCAUCCAUCUUGGUCCUGACGAAAUUAAACUGGAACGUGUUGAAAGAUGUUCUAAUCUGUGGAGACAUAGCGCAACGUUACGUGGUGAUCCCAUCAAGGACGGUUUAAAGUAUAAAUACAGGAUUAUUGAAAAGGGAGAUAACUCUAUAUUUACUUUACUUAGUCGCAUUGGAAUGUCCAGCAAAGAUCCCCCAUGCUGUGAAGAACCUACUGAUAGACCUGUAAAGGCACACACCCAGUUUGAUGUAUUUCAUUUUCCCCAAGACAAGAAGUAUGUAAGUGACACUGUUCCCAAGGCUAUAUUCACGUACCUGAAGUUACUGUUACCGUGUGUUAAUCCUUCAACUAUUUAUGACCUUCUUAACCAGAUCGAAAGUCUUCAAUUCGUUUUGUGUGAAACAAAACAUGUGAAAGAAUGCGUGAAUUGGAUUGUGGAAUAUGCUUUAAACCCUUCUGUGUCGGACGUACAGCGAUUGUAUUUGUGUAUUGUCCUGGGUCACCUGAAGUACUCUUCGUCCUCACUACCGUUUACAAACGACAACAAGACAGCUAAAGCGUGUGAUCGCUUGCUUCAAUGUUUAAAUGAAUGCGUUGAUUACAAUUUUCUAUCGCAAUCAAAUCUCGAAUGUUUAAAAAAGAUUGCCAUCAGUUUGGUAGAAAAUAGUAGCAGUAAAGGAUGGCUUACCCUUGCAGCACAUUUUUAUCCCUACCUUGGAAUUGAAUUUAUCUUGGCUGUAAAAGAUACUAGAGGGCUAAUAAACUACGUAUGCGAUGGCAACGAAUACAAGAAAAUGGUUGGUGCACUCCUUUUACAUAUAAAGGAGAAAAAUGGCAAUGACCUGGUUGCCCACCAAUAUUUACUACAUUUGGUGUUGAAACAUGCUCCAACUUUGGACGAUGCCUUGGAGCUAUUUGAAAGUGUUGACUUCCGCUGGUUCUUUACCAAUGAGGAUGAAAAAGUACAUUUUUUUGUCAACUAUUAUCAGGACACAAUGCAAUGUAACAACACACAUGAGAAAACUGUAGGUGCGAAGUUAACUGAAUUUUAUAAAACUCCGAAGAAAAUCCGUGGCAGAAUGAAUAAAUAUCUGUUCUCUACAUUGCUUGAAUUCUCCACGUCUGAUGACGAGUUAAGUGGCGAACACGCUGAAAUAUUUCUUGAAUCAAUCAUUUCAAGAAAAUAUUUGGAUGGAAAUCAAGUUUUUGAAGUACUCGUGGAGCUUUCCAAGUCAAAGUCUGUUCCUCGUCAAAAUUUAUUACUCACAAUUCUAAAUAACGACCUGUUUUGGCAACAUUGGCGUGACGCGUCGCUCCAAAGAAAGGUGGAGAUCUGUAAAUCGUGGGUAAUUACCAGAGUGGUCAACAAGUCGCGUACCAACAGUAGUCUUGGUGGCGUGGAUAAGAUUGUGGAAGUUUAUGAAGCAGUCGAUGCGUUAAUGCGGUGUUCUUUGAACAUUGGAAACAAAAUUCUCGCUCAAGAUGUGUGUACCUGCGUUGUGGAAGGAAUUUUAAGAAAUGAAGACGCUGUUUCGGUUCUUAAAGCUUGUGCUAGCAUAGAGAAAUAUGCGGCCGUUGUCCAGGAUUGCUACAAAUCCCACGUAAAGAUAAAAUUGACACAGGCUCCAAGGAUGGUGAAGAAGGCAAGCUUGUUUCUACAAGAAUUUUCAAACAGCAGGUACUGCGUUAUCUCUAUAUUUCGUUUUUACUGGUGUUUGUAAAUGUCUCCGUUAUAAUUUGGUAAACUGUAAUAAUUGUCUUUUUUGUGUUAUUAUAAUAUGGCAAGCAUCACUUCCAGUGAAAUGGAGGACCGCCAUUGGCUGAGAAGCACUUUCAGCGGUCCAUUACGUAAAAACAAACGCACGCAUUUUAAAACAAAACAGCAAAACUAAUUGAAAAUUAUAAUUUAAUUUGUUAUUAAUAACAUAUGUGCGAAUGGUUUUAAGUGGAAAAGAAGGAACACAUUGGUAAUUUUUGUUUUCUUCGACCAAAUGUGUACCACGCUACUAAUAUGCAUUUCAAAUCAUACAUUUCUUGUUUGUUUCAAGUAUAAAUGCCAUAUAAUAAACUUUUUAUUAACCUCGCUUGCUCGGUCUUUACAGAGAAAUAUCGAUACUUCUGGUAGACCUGGCGCUCGGUUAAUAAGAAGUUAUUAAUGACCGAAAAUCAGGCUUAAUAUUUUUUAUUAAAAACGACGUUUCGGAAUAUAUUCCAUCAUCAGGUUAAAUGACUACAAUAUAUUGCCUAAACUGUUUGCGUUAAGCUUGCGAUUGUUACUCAAGGACCGUUACUUAAUGCAAGCAGUUUACACAAUGUAUUGUAGUCUCUUAACCUGAUGAUGGAGUAAACUCUGAAACGUUGUUUUUAAAAAUGUUAAGCCUUAUUCUUGCUCAUUAAUAACACAAAAAAGUCUAUUAAUAAAAUGAGGUUAAGAGAAAGUUCGAUAUUAAAUAUAAUAAUUGUAUCUGUGUUCGUGCAUCCUUCACAUGGUCGUUCCAGCGGUGUGCUAUAUUUAACUCAUUUGACAUACCAUCUCAACAUUUAAAUCGAAGAUUGAAACGUGGAUCCUGCUCGGAAUCAUAAAGUUGAGUGUAAAAGGUGAACCCGAAAUUCGCAGGGUUUUAGUCCUAGUCCCGUCUAGGCGAGAUCAUGCAUAUAAGCAGACCCCGAGUAUAAUAGGCGUUUUUCUAAACUCAAUUUUUGUGUGUUUGUUUUUGUUUACAGCCUAGGUCAAGACCUGUUGUUUUAUAUUGUGGAUAUCAUUGUACCAGAAAUUGCCACGGAAAGUGAGAAUGAUGAACGCAAUUUCAGAAAAAUUUUAGAUUGGUGCGAUAUUUGGAUUGUCUUGCUUACAACAACGGGUAAGCCUUUAAUUACCUCAUAAAUUAAACAUCACUAUCCGUUUUCUCGUGCUAAUUCGUAUCCAGUCUGUUGACAUCUGUGUUAAAGAGUGAGUAUCAUGCCAGUGAUCCUUUGGGCGGUUGGCGUCCCAUAAAUGGCUGACUCUUGAGAUUUUUAUAAGUGAUCUCCAAGAUUUAAUUUGUAUUGGCCCAUAUUUAUCGGUAUCCUAUUGAAAACACUCCAUUUCUCCUUUUAAACAUAGUAAGUACUAUUUAAAACACGAGAAGGAGUGUUUUAUCAGAUUUAAAACGCGAGGCGCAGCCGAGCGUUUUAGAUAUGAUAAAACGCGAGUUCGAGUGUUUUGAAUGGCCUUGAAUAGCUUAAAAUACGACUACAAAAGAAUACUAAUUAGGAUGAACAAUUAUAUAAUCAUACUAAUUAGGAUGAAGAAUUAUAUAAAGAAUACUAAUGAAGAUGAGUUUUAUCAGAUAUAAAGUCACUCCACGUGACAUAUUAUGGCUUACAUGAUUUGCCACAAGGUUUAUGAAUUUUUAAUGAGUAUUUUAAGUCAUUAUAUCUUGUGAAAUGUUGCGUUUUUUUAUGCAAAAUGUUUGUAAUGAAAGUAUAUUUAUCAGAUACAGCCGAAUGUAAACAAAAAAAUUUAAUGUAAACACAAGCUUGCAAAGGAUCAUUGGCAUGAUACUCACUCUUUAAGGUCGUUAUCAACCGUGUCGUACUGAAGCGUAGCGCAUUUCUUUGUUUCCUGAGCACAAGAGUGGAACUAAUGACUUCGACACAACAGAAAAUGCUAGGAUAUGUUAUGUUGCGAUACGGUUGGAGUGGAAAACAACCUUUACACUUGUUUACUUAAUUAGCUACAUACCGUAAGGUAGUAAUUGCUUUUAUGCACGUAUGUAAUGAGAGUAAGCAGGUGCAAAACUUAGGUGACUUCGUUGUUAUUAAGGGAAAAUAUAUAGACUUCAUAUAGGGAUAACAAUUCAACAUUCAAAUUGUUAUAAUUGCUAUAAUAUGUACUUACACACUUCGACUGUUAGUUGUUUGAUCUUUUCCAUCAUGACCAAUUGUUCGACAGCAGUAAAUUGUUUAUCAUAUUGCAAUAUAUUAGUUGUUUGUAAAGUCAAAAAGCUACAGCCGGUGUCCCAGCAAAUUUUCCCCUUAAUUGUGGAUUCAAACAAUAAAGGAAGAAGGUAAAUUUCUGAAUGGGGGCCACAUUAUACCUGAGAAAUUUGCUCCCUCCUGACGAGAUUUCCUAGGAAAUUUGGCUCGGGGCAUUUGUUUUUGGAGAGAGCAUAUUUCCUGUUAAAACUGCUUCAAACGAAAUGUAUCUGAUUACAAGCUCGCCGGAAUAGAAAUUAUUGAAAAUUAAUAAAUUAGAUACUUAAUAAAUUAUUUUUACCUAUUUCAGAAACGGUGGAGAAAUACAAAAAAUAUCGAGCUGGUAAAAAAAUUUGUCACCAACUAGAAAGGUGCAUUAAACAUGGAAACAUAUCAUUAAGUUUCUUAGAGGAAGUUCACAAGAAGAAGGAGAAAGUUUCAAUGUUAUGCGCUAGUGUGCUGAAUAAUUCUACGCCAAAUUGUGAUCUCGCAGAUCUUCAGAAGCAAAUUUCGGAUCGAAUUGAUGAAUUAAUGCAUGUUGCAGACGAUUGUUACCAAAAAUUUCAAUUGCUAGAGUCUGCAAUCAGUUAUGGAAAGAAAAUAUCGAAUAAUGUUUGUACUGUUCAGGGAAUCGAGUCUAUUAUCGAGACAAUUAAUGAUCUGAAAGAAACCCUCCACACUAAAAGAGUAUAUGCAUUAAAGGUAGAUACGUUUUGGGGAACAUUGCUUCGUCUUUUAAGCCCAGCCGAGGACCUACAACCAUUAGUGAAUUCAGUGUCCUUUGUGAUGGUGGCUAAAAAAACCUUGAAGGAAUUAAACAAUUCAAGUGAAGGUGAAGAUGGAAAUGAUGGAACAGCAGUACGCGAUUUUUACUCAUUGAUGAUAUUCCUUACAAGCAAAGCGAUUGAAGAAUUUAAAGCGCAAUGGGGUCUUGUGUUGAAUGACCCGGGAUCACUUAGUGUGGAGAGCAUGAAGACUUUGCUUGGUACGUUGAAGGAUGAAAACCAACUUGAUGAAGAGCUCGAACUACUGGGAAAAUACUUUAGGGGAAAGUUUUCUCUAACUAUCAAAACCUACAUCGAAGUCUAUGUGAAAUAUCCAAAUGUCAUGGAACAAGUACGACACAUCAUUGGCAUAUUUAACAUCUUUAAAUUAGCAGAUCUUUCAAAUGAAACGAUUAAAGUGCUUUCACAAUUUCAGAAAAAUUUAGAGAACAGUGGCAAACUCAGUCUCGCAUUGUUGCGCCAAUCAAUGGAAAAUGUGAAACAAAUAGUUUCAUCUUUCUCUGGAGAAAACCUAGACUGUGUGAUCGAGGUGCUGUCAAGAUCCACUGAAUUGCUUACUUUCAUGGAAGAAAUUGUUGACGAAGAUAUUCGUUUUCUUAUUGAUGCCGUUGAAGAACAUUCAGAUCAAUUUGUAACCGAGUCAUCAGUUUCCGAUCUUAUUGACGUACAUGGUUUUCUAGCACCUUUGAUUAAAAAAAAAACCGAAACGAAUCUUAAUCCCCAGAAGUUUCUUGAGAUGUUAAAAGCAUCUUGUCUUGAUCAUGGAGAUAUAGCAGUGAAGAUUCAGCAGUGUAGUACGAAUGUUAACAGCCUUCGUGGAUUGUACACGAGUAUUGCAAACCGCGGCGAGGUAACUAAAGAAAUCAUUGGUAACUGCCUGAACAGAGGAGAAUAUUCAGUGUUGCAAAAAGAUGGAAAAUGCGAAACUAGGAUGAGUUACGUGCUUAGGGGAAGCGGCGAAGAAAAAACAUGUAAUUACUCUUUGUCAGAUCUGCAUGAUUUACGAAGUCGUGCGCAUCUUAUCGUUACCUCUAAAAAGAAUAAUACGACGAUCCAGUACAGCCAUUCGAACGAAAGCAAUGAGGAAAUUGAUUUUGAUAACUUUAUAAAUCAAGUUAAUCUCUUGACGGAAAUUACCAUUCUACUGUCGAAAUUACGUUCUUCUGGGUAUGUCAAAUAUCGCCACUUUUGGAUACGGAUGAAAACAACCAAUGAUCUUCAAAGUAACAGAGACAAUCUGAACAAUGAUCUAGAAAAUUGGGAAAAUAUCCUGAAAAACGCACGUGAAAAUUUCUACUUCCUUAACUACUACUGCUCCGAUCAACUAUGCACGCUGUAUGACUUUUUGAUGAACGAAUUCGACAAUAAUUGUGACGAAGUUCUUACUUUAGUCCAUUUUGUCGAUCGUUCCAUCACUAAACAACAACUACAGCAGCACCGAGAAUCACAGGAGAAGUUAAAAAGAUCGGAUAUAAACGACAGACCCGAUUUAUUGGUAUCGACUGUUG